AUGGGAACAAAAAUCAAAGCACUUGUACUUCAGGCAAAAGGUGGAGAACAAGUCGUUAAAGAAGUAGAUAAACCUGUUCCAAAAGCCAAGCCAAAUGCAGCCAUUCCUGGUGAAAUCGGUGACUUAUUGGUUAACGUCAAAGCUGUGGCUUUAAACCCUGUUGACUGGAAACAAGCUGAUGCAGGAUUUUUUAUCGAUGCAUAUCCUGUUACGCUCGGUAGCGAUGCGGCCGGAAUUGUUGAAGCCGUAGGCGAAGGAAUUACCGAGUUUUCCGUAGGUGAUGAAGUUUUGGCUUUUACAAAACUUGGAGUUCCUGGUGGAUAUGGCGCCUUUUCGGAAUACUCUCUAUUCGAAGCUGCUACCACAAUUAAGAAACCACCUUUUUUUUCUUGGGAACAAGCCGCAACAAUUCCUGUCGGAACAUUAACAGCAGCAAUCGGAUUAUAUCAUGAAUUGAAUUUACCACUUCCUACAGAGAAUCCAAGUUGGUUUCGUGAAGAAUUUAUUCUGAUUUGGGGAGGCUCUUCCUCAGUCGGUUCGUAUGCUGUACAACUUGCAGCUAAUACAGGACUCUCGGUUAUAGCAACAGCUUCUCCUAAAAAUCAUGAUUAUCUUAGAUCAAUUGGAGCUGCUUACGUUAUCGAUUACAAUGCACCUGAUGUUAUCGAUCAAAUUAAUUCUAUUACUAAUAAUCAGUUAAAAUACGUUUUUGAUAUUAUUGGUUCAGAAUCUUCUAAUAUUGGAUUAAAAGUUUUGGCACCAAAUGGAAAACUCGCACAUACAUCAGAAGGUCCAACUGAUACCAAGGACGAUGUUCAAAUUAAGCGUGUUGUUCUUGGUGUGGCUCAUAGAGAUACUCAAGGUUUUCUCAAAACUGUUAAUAAACUUGCAAAAGUUAUUGAACAGUUACUUUUUGAAGGUAGAAUACAACCAAAUAAUAUUGAAGUUAUUGAAGGUGGACUUAAUGGUAUUCCUUCUGGAUUACAAAAAUUGAAGGAAGGUCGUGUUAGCGCAACAAAAUUAGUGGCUAAAUUUGAUUAA